AUGACGAAAUCCAACAGCAGAAUUGUCAUCCAGGCGAAGUCUGCAUUGGCUCGCAUCACUCUCACACACCACACCCUUGCCUUCUUCCUCCUUAGCGUCAUCCACUGCCUCGCACAAGGUCUCACCGCCGCGUUCCUGUACUCAGAGGACGCCAGUUCGUCUGCGUUCAUCAACACUGUCAUCUCCACCGCCAAGGUUCCUCCGAAUGAAGUCGCGCGGCUCUUCCGCAAUGGGGACGACCUUACGCUCAAGAUGUGCACUGCGGCCCCUGUAGGAGAUGUGUACAAGUCGUGCGAGACGUUGUGGUCGACGGAUAUGGGGGCAUCCAACUCUUCAUUGGCGGGGAGGUUCCUUUCGGAGCAGCCAGGUUCGGUCUUGACGCGUCGCGGACCGCAAGACUCGUCCAUCCAAGCCGUGGCAGACCCUAUCACCGGGAACGUCUCGUCCAUCCUGUUGAUCUUCGACAAUGGAAACCAGCAAGAAGCUCUCAGCACCUCUUGCGUCCGCACGUUGGAGUACCCUGCUCGCAUUCUCGACAACUCGCGCAGGGAAGAUCUUGCACUUGUUGGCUCCCAGUUCUGGCUGCUCGCGAUCUCCACCUUCGGGAUCUUGUACAACUCUAUCCCGCAUAUUUGGGCCAUUGUCUUUGCUCGGUUCUUGCAAACCGCUUGGGCCGCAUACACGCUGUGGCGGACAACAGAUGUGCAGUUCAGAUACAACACGCUCGUUACAGGACCGACGACCUUCUGCCACUUCGACGUCCUCCCGCAGUACUUCAUCACCCGGAUCGCACUCCAGAUCCCGGAGCUGAUUCUGAACUUUACUGCGUGGGCAUCGACGUCUUGGUUAGCGUGGCGUAUUGUCAAGGGCUACAAGAAUUCUACUAUUCGUCGGGUUCUUCCUCCCCCCGGAGUGAUGCGGCUGUACAGGUUCUUCCUGAUUGGCUCUAUGUUCCACCAACUCUCGUUCUUCUUCACCGUCACUGCUGUCAGCCUGUGGAUCGACCAGCUGCGGACAAGUUCACUCGCAUAUCUCGCCGAGAAAGCACCCCUCUAUUACGCCCUCUUCGUCUUCACCAUUGUGACGAUCGUACCUUGGAUCAUCUGCGGAUGGUACGCUGUGCGGCGUGAAAAGAAGCUUCUUAUGGGGAUCUCCGUGUUCCUGAACGUGGCCUACGUCGUCUGUUGGUCCACCAUGUUCGAUGCCCCGGUUUACCAGUGGACCUUCAUUGAAUGGCCAUUCUUCGCCUGCAUGCUCAUGGUCGCCACCUUCUGCCUCAUCGGAGCCGGCGUCUUCGCCGUCAUCUCCUGGGUCAACUUCGGCAAGGGCCUCGCGCACUACUUGCACGUCGAGGCCGUGCUGACUGAAUCCGACUUCGACCCGGACGUGUUCGCGAACGACAGCGAGAAAGGCCCGGACUCGGGCAACCCGAUGACCCGCUCCCCGAGCUCGCUCUCGCAGCUCUCCCUCGACGGCGCCGUCAUCAAAAAGGACUCCAACUGGGACUUCGCCGACAUCGACCGCCCCGCGAUCUACACCGUCGACCUCGCGACGCGCAAGUGA